GGUAAUUGUAAUUACCUACCUACACACUGGGGCAGGAAAGACACAAAGAGGGAAAAGUUCCUCAAAUAAAAAAACCCCUAUUGAAUCUUGUGCAUUCACGAGGUCCCCCUUCAAUCGACCAGCCCGAUUUCUCUUCCCAAUUGUAGCGGGGCCUCCCCCGCCCCCAAACCGACAACCUGCACGCGAUUAACCCCCCUGUCGCCGCCUGCAUGCCCUGAUCUGACUGUCGCCGCCAAGAGAGCAUCCACUACAGCUUCUGGUAGUCUCGGCUCUGGGCUUCGUCCCACCUUGAUUGAACAAUGUGCUUCUCUGUAAGUUCAGCCUGCCCACCCGAUUCUGGGUGUGUGCUCCCUACAUUUUCCUCUCUUUUUUUCCUGUCAAAAGAUGCGACGAACCCCUUCUGCCAUCCGAUCCACCAAGGAUCUCGAAUGUUAUACAUUCAAUCGCACCGCUAUACAAUAUGAGCAGCGCGCUCGCCGACCUCGAUUAGCACAAGCCCUGAUACAGAAGCCAAAUCGCUUACCCCACACGCGCCCCCCCAGUUGCCCUGCCGAAAGGCCUCCAAGGUCGCCUCCGACCAGACCUCCGUGCGCUACAACAUGCCGACGUUUGGUCGCCACCAGGACGCCGGCGGCGCGCUGCGCCGGCUUGUCAACAUGACCACCCUGAUGGUCCCGACCCAGGGCGGAUUUCACAGGCCGCAAGCCACCGACCACAUUGACAGCGCCGUCGACAGCAACAUGACCAUCUGCCCCGGAUUCGAGAACCACAUUGUUAGGAUAUUCAAGAACCUGUGCGGGCCGGGCGCGGUGACUUUGAGCAGGGAGAGGUUCCAGGCUUUUCUAGAGGAUGUCCAAGGGGACGUUGUGACGAAGCCCCUGGAGAAGGAGAUGUAUACUCUGCACGAAUUCUUCGAGACGUGGUCGUACGUGUAUCGAAUGAAGCCGCAGACCAAGAUCGACUCGGCGCAGAAGGACCUGUCUAAGCCUAUUAGCCACUACUUUAUCAGCAGUAGUCACAACACGUAUCUCCUUGGAAACCAGCUGACAUCGGUCAGUUCGGUCGAGGCAUACAAAACGGCACUUGAACAGGAUUGCCGCUGUAUCGAGAUCGACGUGUGGAACAGCCCCGAAUACGCGUUAGGCUUGCGAACUCCAAGCAGGUCCAAGUCGCCGCGGCCGGGCCACAAGAGACACCUGUCAGCCUCAUCGAUAACAAGCGCGUUCGAAGAGCGACUCGACUCUCUGAAGCAAGUUUUAACGGGCAAGUCGUACUCUAGUUCUCAGACGACGACCGCCAAGACACUCAAAGUCCCACCUUGCGACCGCCGAAAUAGCAACAACCUAGAAGUACCGUCCACGAGGAACAGCGACACGACGUUCACGACGGGCUCCAACACUGCUGUGGAUGAUGCAGAUGAAAAACACGUCCCCGAGACUCAUGCUCGCAGGCGGUCACGGUCGCUGGCAAACCCAUCCAUGGAACCCGUCGUUAUGCACGCGCAUACUUACGCGCAGAGGGAUUGGACUUUGAGCAACUAUGUUGGCUUCCGGGAAGUGUGUCGGACGAUAGGCAAAACCGCCUUUGUCACAAAUCACCUGCCCAUUAUCAUCAGCCUAGAGGUGCACGCGGACGCGCAACAGCAAGAUCUCAUGGUGGAAAUUAUGCAACAGGAAUGGGGAGACCUCCUUUUGCAGGAGCAAAUUUUUGGCUGUGAUCCCAGAUUACGACUUCCGACUUUGGAGGAGCUCCAGGACAAGAUACUUAUCAAGGUGAAGAAGGCCUCGGUCGUUGCCAACUCAAACGGCACCGCCGACUCGCUGGGCAUACCACUCACGGCACUCAUCAGAGGCUCUGUGCCGGGCACCAGCUCGGACGAGGAGGCAAGCGGGAACCCGAACCGACCCAAGAUCUCGCCGCGCCUCAGCAAGCUGGCAGUAUAUACGCACAGCAAGCACUUUGGGGGCUUCAGCACCCGGGUGGCCAAAUCACCGUCCCAUAUAUUCAGUUUGAGCGAGGGCAGCAUCCAGCGCUGGGCCAAGGAGGACCCCGAGGGCAUGAAGUCGCAUAACAAGUCGUUCCUGAUGCGAGCUUACCCUGACCCAGUGUCACGCGUUGACAGCGGCAACAUGGAUCCGGCGUUUUGUUGGCGGCGCGGUGUGCAAAUGGUCGCCAUGAACUGGCAGACGCUGGACGGCGAGAUGAUGAUCAACCAUGCCAUGUUUGCGGACCAGGCUGGGUGGGCGCUCAAGCCGGCGGCGAUGCGCGGGCUCCCCGACGACUCUUUCGGGCCCAAGACGGUCGAGCUGCUGAGGAUAACAGCGUUUGCGGGACAAAACAUACGACCGACCACUCACGAGACUGUGAGCUCGUUCGACCCAUCGAUCAGUAUCAGCCUCUGCGUGGAGGGCCAGGACCCCAUCAAGCAUCAUCUCCCGAGCCGGGAGACGAGCAACCCGGACUGGGGUCACGAGGGCAAGUCGGUCUGCUUCAAGGAUGUGACCAACGUCAUGGAGCGCUUCAGCUUCGUCAAGAUCAAGGUCGAGGACGAUGGGGAGCUGUCCUCGUGGGCAUGCUACAGGCUCGACCGGCUACAGAGGGGCUACAGGUUCGUGGAGCUGAUGGGUCCUCGGGGCGAGCGGACAGAGGGCAAGCUGCUUGUCAAGAUUGACAAGGUGAUGCGGUGAAAGGGGGCAAAGAUUACAAACAAUAUUCAAAGGUACUAGUUUGGAUGGAUAAUGGUCUUGGAUAAUUUCCUAUGUCAUGCUUGGCGCUAGCUCGGGUGCAAACAGCCACAGGCUUUGGAUUUUUGGAUUUAUGGGGUUGGUCGUUUGUUUGUUGGUAAGCUUUGGUUUCAGUGUUCUAUACUUCCAGUGUUAUGUUUUUUUAUUCUUUGUUGGAUAAUAUAAUUUUUGGUCCAAGUGUAUGUGUGUGUAACAAUAAGUAUCCGGAAAACUAUUGGGCAAACGCAUUGUACUUGUACAAAGAAUCGCUCACUUUCAUAAAACGCAGUUGUCAGAGCAAGAUUUAAAAGCAACUUUAUAAGGAGUCAAAUGGCUGUACAUACUAUACUACCAAAACAGGCUCAAGUCAUUACGGGAAAUUCCCUCUGAAUAACCAG